UCCUGUAAGGCAUCAAGGAAAGGCGGGUUGCUCGUGCAGUGGGCUGAGUGCUGUCAUUAGAAGAAGAGUCUCCAUUGAAGAGGUCGGUUUAAAGUCGGUACCUGAAUCAGGACGAACAAGAGCAAACAUCUUUGGUAUUUAUUGUAUUCAUUGUCGCUUAGACUUCUAAACCACAUGGUAGUUUUUGAUGCACACGUCUAUCCGCUUUAAGUCGCCAUAGUUGAAGACACUCGGCGCUGAUGCUGAUGCUAAUGCUAAUGCUAGCUAGCCUCCAUAGUCCACCGUGCGGCCAAAGUAGCCGAGCGACUGCUUCCUUUUUCGGCUGUGCGCUGACCACCGAGCCGUACGUCCAACAUGGAGAAAAGUAACCGCUUGUUGGAGCUCUCCCGCUUCCUCCAAGACCCACACCUCGUCGCUCGUUUCCAGCACAUUUGCGGAGUACGAGGGACGUUUACCAGGACGGCGGUCGGGGGAGGCAACGACAGGGAAGCGACGCCGAGCGAGACGCAAAACAACGGGGCUUGCUACCACCAGCUGGACCAGGACGAUGGGGGCGAGGCAGUGGAUGUGGACUUGGGGACAGCGGGGGUUCGGAAGAGAGAAAAGCACCGCGAGGAAGAUCCUCCCCACAAUGGCUCCCUGCCCACCAAGACACCAGCGGCCGGUGUGUCCGAUCACAGCGGGGCCAUGACGGAUGAAGCCGGGGCAGCCAGCAGGGUCAAGCCGCUUCGCAGGAACUCCUUGACGGGGGACGCCGGUCAAGAGUUUCUGAUCCAGAACCGCGUCUUCUACUACCUGUUCUCAUUCGGAACCGAACUGGGCAACGAAUUAUUUUACAUCACCUUCUUCCCCUUCCUGCUGUGGAACGUGGACGCCUUCGUGAGCCGGAGACUCAUCAUGGUGUGGGUGUGGGUCAUGUACCUGGGCCAGUGCACCAAGGACGUGAUCGGCUGGUCCAGACCCGCCUCGCCUCCCGUGGUCAAAAUGGAGGUGUUCUACAACUCGGAGUACAGCAUGCCGUCCACACACGCCAUGUCCGGCACCGCCAUCCCCUUCGCCCUCUUCAUCAUGACCUGCGAUCGCUGGCAGUACUCCUUCACGCUGGGCUUGGUUUUGGCUCUCUGUUGGUGUCUGCUGGUCUGCGUCAGUCGGAUCUACUUGGGGAUGCACUCGGUUCUGGACGUCAUUGUCGGCGUCUUCUACAGCGUCCUCAUUCUCCUCCUCUUCCUGCCGGCGAUGGACGCCAUCGACGACUUCGUCCUGACGUGCGUCCACGCCCCGCUGGUCAUCGUGUGCGUCCACCUGGGCCUGGGCCUGUUCUCCUUCACCCUGGACACGUGGAGCACAUCCCGGGGCGACACGGCUCAGAUCCUGGGCUCGGGUGGCGGCAUCGCCCUGGCCUCCCACGUCAACCACCGCCUGGGCCUGAUGGCGGACCCCCCGCCGGAGCGCCUUCCCCUCUCGCUGCCUGCCCUCAGCGGGGGCCUGGUGGGCACAGCCGCGCUGCGCUUCCUGCUGGGCGUGCUGGUCGUGGUGGCCACGCGGGCGCUGAUGAAAGCGCUGACCAUCCCGCUGGUGUGCCGCCUCCUGGCCAUCCCGGGCGGCGACAUGAGGAAGGCCAGGCAGCACGCCGAGGUGGAGCUUUCCUACCGCUACAUCGUCUACGGGACGGUGGGCUUCAACACGCUCUUCCUGGUGCCGCUCCUCUUCAGCUACCUGCCGCUCUGUUGACCACGUGACCUUCAUGCUCGACGUCUUCUCCAACAUCCUCAGCUCCUCUCUAGAAGACCACUACUGAUUCGCCAUGACGGAACACGGCAUCGGGUUCCCAGUGGACGUUUGCACGGGACACUCCAAGUAGAAGCUCGUCUUCUUCUUCGACGCAAACCAUUUUAGAGCCGCCAGAGGGCUUUGGAUGCAUAGCGCCUCGUUAGCUCUGUGAUCGAUUGCUCUUCCUGUUAGAAGAAACGCACAUGCAGGCACAUACCAUCUUUCAACUGUGGGAACUUUAAAGAGUUUUUGUCUCAUUUCCUACCUGAUGUACACUGUAAAAAAUUAAUUGUGUUCUUUCCACCGAUGUCAGAUGUUUACUCGAUGAAACGUCCUCACGCCCUCUUUCACACUGGCAUUACAAUCACAAUAUGUCCAUAAACGCCUCAAAUAGAAAUAUACAUAUUCUUAAAAAGCAAUAAAUAGUCAAUUGGGGCAAGUGGGGAGUUUCUUGAUCACCUCCUGUAGCCUUGCUGCCCGUGAUGGCACAUUAUUCUCACUCAGCCUUCAACGUGACGAAGACCAUGUCACGUGUUUUUAAAACUAUUAUAAACGACGUUGUACCGGCAGGGUGGCUUUUUUGUAUUCGAAAUCCUUAAAAACUGCGUGUAGUGUUGACAUUUCAUUGCUCCUCCAGUUUGUUUCCUCCGGCAAUCACAUGACUUGUCUGUGCGGUUUGCUGUUAACGGCACACAGGAAACUUCCAUAAAGGUCAAGAACACGACCCUUCCUUUUCGUCACUAAAAAUGUUAAGAAACGUGACCAAAUACGGCGGCGAAACCGCCAGCAGAGCUCGACUCUGCCCUCUAGUGCCUUGCGAGGUCAUGACACGGUAUUUCAUGUUGCCAUUUGCACUUUGCUGCUCCUCAAGUUAGAAACUCAAGAAACCACAUUUGACUUUCUGAAUGUUCAUGUCGGGGGUGUCCACACAUUUUAUUAUGAGGGUCGUAUGGAUAAACAAAUUCACAUUUGGGACCACUACAUUAAAGAUGCUAAAAAAAAUCCCAUGUUGGUCGGUAUAUGCUAACAUAGCAUCUCGGCUUUGUAUUAAUGUGACAAUACAAAUUAUUAAUGUCAUAUCUCAUUGGUAAUUUAUUCAUUUACUGUAUUUUCUGGACUAUAAGUCGCUCCAGAGUAUAAGUUGCACAAGGCCAAAAAUGCAUAAUUAGGUAGAAAAAACCAUACAUAAGUCGCUCUGGAGUAUAAGUCACAGGAACAGCCAACCUAUGAAAAAAAAGUGCCACUAUAGUCCGGAAAAUACUGUAAUUCUAUAAUAUGACGAGGGUGAAGAAAUUCCCCCCGGGGCCACACUUUGGACACCACUGGUUUAUGUGUCGUGUUAGGAGUUGGUUGACUGGUGUCCUGAUGUUGGACUCGUUUGAGGACCUUGUAUGAAGAUUGACUUGACUAUUUUUGUAUAUAGAUGAGAUGUUUUCAGCCAAAUGGACUCAAAUAAAUCAAAUAAAAUUCAUCAUU